AUGGUAGAGGACUUAGCAGCUUCCUAUGUUGCUCUGAAAUUGGAGAAUGAAAUUCUACAGGCCCAAGUACAGAGGCUGAUGGAAGAAAAUGCUGCCCUCCAGGCCCAGAUCCCAGAGUUCCAGAAAUCCCGAGCAGCCAAAGAGGAUGAAACACUCCAAAAGCCCUCAGAGGCCCAGGAGUCCCGGAAGUCCUCAGAAUCCCCUGAGCCCCCAGCAGCCUCGGGGCUCCAGGAGCCCAGAGAGAUCAAGGAACCCCAGGAGCCCCCAGAGAUCAAGGAGGCCCAGAAGCCUCCCAAGCUCCUGGAGCCCUCAAAGAUCAAGGAGCUCAGGGAUGUUCCAGCAACCUGGGAGCCCUCCGAGAUUGAGGAGGCUCAGGAGCCCCCAGAGCUCCAGGAGCUCACAGCCUGGAAACCUCCAGCAAGCCAGGAGCCUCAGGCACCUCCCAAGAGCCAUGAGCUCCCAACAGCCUGGGACUCAGAGCCCCCAGACAGCCAGGAUAGUUCAGAGGCCCAGGAGCCCCAGGAUUCAGAAUCCCAGGGCACCCCAAAUAGUGAGGAACCCCAGAAGGAACCAGAAUAUCAGGAGCCCUCAUCACACCUGGAGGCUCUUGAGCUUCCAGCUACCCCGGAGCUCUUGGAGCCUCGGGUGUCCCAGGAAUUCUUGGAUUCAUCAGAUGCUCAGGAGUUCCUAGAACUCCCAUUAUCCACUCAGAGCCUGGAGGGACUAAUAGUUGUGGGGACAUCUGCAUUUUCAGAAUGCUCCCAAGCCCCCAGUGGAUUAGAGAUUGCAACUUUCCCUCUAGAAUAUCCUUUAGCCUUCAGUGGGGAUGCCCAAAAGCUUCCCGAAUUCCUGAUUCAACUGAGCAGUUACAUGAGAGUCAGAGGGCACCUGUAUCCCACUGAGGCAGCCCUGGUGAGCUUCGUUGGCAAUCGCUUCUCAGGUGAGGCAAGAAGGUGGUUCCAGCCCUUGCUGGAUAUUCAAAGCCCCCUGCUGGAGCAAUUUGAAAGUUUCAUCCAAGUGCUGCAAGAUACUUUUGACAAUCCAGAAGACCUGGAAGAUGCCAACCACCGCAUCCGUCAACUGUGCCAAGGGGAGGGCCCUGUUCACCAGUAUGCCACCCAUUUCCACCUCUUUGCUCAAGAGCUGAAGUGGAAUGAAGGCACUUUCUGCAUCCAGUUUCAAAAACGCCUGGCCAGUUCAAUGGGAAACGAACUGUCUCACAGAAGCCUGCUUGCCAAACUAUCUGAUCUGAUCAUUCACUGUGUCCGCCUAGAAGAGAAGAAUAGUGGUGCAGCUGCCCUUGAUUCAUCAGGCCCAAGCCCCGCUGAAGAAAGAGAGGGGCCUGCGAAUCCACCUGCUGAAAACCAACCAGUGCAAGCUGCCAGCAAUCGCCCACAUCUCAGUGAAGCUGAAAGGGCCCGCCGCCGCGAAGGCCACUUGUGUCUCUACUGUGGGCAUCCUGGUCAUUUUGCCAGAGAUUGUCCUGUGAAGCCUCAUCGUGCCCAGCCGGCGGGAAACAUGGAGGCCCGGCGGUAA